CUUCGAUAGAUGAUCACGUCUCGCGCUGAAGUUAGGUGUCUGGUAUUUUAAAGAUAAUAUUUUUUAUCAGUAAAUACUCACUGGUGAUUUGUACAGUGAUUGCUUUAUCGAUAAACUUACUAACUUAUAGUUGAUUUUGUUGUGAACAAGCCGGCUGAACUACCAGUUUGAAUAUCUGAAUUUGGAAAUAAAUAUUAUUCUGUUUUUUUCAGAAACACUAUGACCGAACAUGGAUAUACCGUGGAAGCGGUCAAGCCCGAGGACCACGAUGAAAUCAUGAGGCUACUCAAAAUGACAUUCUACCUCGAUGAGCCUCUGAACCACACGGUGGGUCUCGGUGCGGACUGCUCGGAGCUGGACCAGUUCUGCGGCUCCUCCCUGCUCGAGGGACUGUCGUUCAAGGCCGUGGACCGCGAGGGGAAUGUUGCGGGGGUGAUCAUCAGCGGGGUUUGCCCUUUGGACGCUAAUGUCAUUGAAGAAAUGCAGAACCACACUAAGAACUGCAAAAACCCGAAAUUCCAGAAGAUUCUUUACAUUCUGACGCAGCGCGAGAUAGGAUCCCGGCUGUGGGAGAAAUACCCAGAAGAGACACAAUUCGUGGAAAUAAAAGUGACUGCGACUCACGUGCCUUGGAGGAAGAAGGGCAUAAUGAAUGCUUUGGUGGCGAGAACUGAACUAGCCGUUAAGGAACGGGGUAUACGGCUGCUUCGAUUGGACACUUCUAGCGCGUAUUCAGCUAAGUCCGCCGAAAGACUUGGAUUCAACUCAGUGUACACAGAGCUUUAUAGCAAUAUAAAGAUGGAUGGUAAACCUGUUAUAGUGCCUCCCCCGCCGCAUUUAGAAGAUAAAGUUUAUUUGAAAGUACUAUAUUAGAUGUAAAAAAUUAAUAAAAUUAAAUAAAUACACAGAUGCUUCCAUACCACGGUUUUGUAAGAAGUAAUCAAAAUGUUUUUUUUCAUAGUUAUAUAAAUAUAUUAUGAUUUAUUAGGAAAAGGUAA